CACUUAUCAGACAGCUCCAAAAAUAUUCAAAGUCAAGCCAAAGUUGAUAAGAGGCGCACCAGUGGACGGACCACAGCAUUUAGCCCAUAGACGAGCAACAGAAUGGAACACCUCCGGCUCUUGCUGAUCGCCCUGUCGCUGACCUUGGCCCAUGCGGCCUACAACAGCCAGCAGCCCAGUGGACGGCCACCACGGCCACCGAGUCCAGUGCGCACCGUGGAGUCGCUUGUGCAAUGGCAGCAGCUGGAGUACGGCUUCCCCACUGCCCAGGAUCGGCAGAACGCGCAGACUGCGGGCAAUCUGGUGCCGGAGAACGGCACGCCCAUCGAUGUGCAGGCACAACAUUUGGCCAAUGGCAUGGUGCGGGUGUUUACAACGAUUCCGAGAUUCGUCACCGGUAUUCCCUACACACUGGCCACCGUCUCGGAGCAGAUGGGACGCAAUGGCCCACUGCUGCAGCCAUAUCCCAGCUACUCCUGGCACAAUGGCCAUGGCGAGAACUGUGACCUGAUUACCUCCGCCUUUCGCGUGGCUGUCACUGAAUGCAAUCAGCUGUGGGUGAUCGACUCGGGCUUGAUUGGCAGCGAGCAGCUGUGCCCACCGCAACUGCUGCAGUUUGACCUGAACACCGAUCGUCUGCUGCAUCGCUACCGUUUCCCCAACGACACGUACACUCCACGGGCAUCGCUCUUCAUCACGCCGAGCGUGCUGGUGCAGGAUCCGCCGCCACGCGGCACCUGCAGCCGCACCAUGAUCUACAUUGCAGACGUCAACUACCAUGGGUUGGUCGUGUACGACCAGCAGGCGAAUGCCUCGUGGCGCGCAGAGAACCGCUUCAUGUACCCCGAUCCGGACUACGGCCACCACACGAUCGCCGGCGAGAGCUUCGACCUGAUGGACGGUCUGUUUUCGGUGAACAACGACAAGCGCAAUCUGUUCUUCCAUCCGCUGGCCAGCGUGGGGGAGUACGCCGUGCCCCUGAGUGUGCUCAACCGCAGGGAGAACUGGGCGAACGGCGUGGAGGCCAUGGCCGAUCAGUUCAAGCUGCUGGGCAGGCGCAAGAGCGAGUGCGCCGCCUCGGCCAUGGACAGCAUGAGCAAUCUCUACUGCGUCACCCUCAAUCCCAUCAAGCUGUUUGUGUGGAAUGUCAACACGCCGUACGCCUCAAGGAACUUUGGCGCACUGCCAGCGAAGGCCGAGGAACUGCAGUUUGUCAGCGGCAUGAAGGUGGUGCGCAAUCCAGCGGGCUACGAGGAGCUCUGGCUGCUCUCCAAUCGUUUCCAGAAAAUAUCCGCGGGCACUAUCAACGCCAACGAAGUGAACUUCCGCAUUUUGCGACGCAGACUGGACGAUGUGCAGGGCGGAGUGUUCUUUGCCAACGAUGAUGAGCUCACCAACAGGCUGGUGUUUAAGCCAUGAGCGGCAAAUCCUUUUGGCUAAUAAACGCCACUAUAUUUAGUAUUUAAUUUAAGCUUUACUGCACAAUAAGUUAAGAAGAAAGAAAAGCAUCUGGAAACACUUGA